UUUCAGAAAAUAAAAUAGAAUUUUUUUAUAUUUGUUUUAUUUAGAGAAAAUCAAUCUACUGAGGAGAGACUGAGAAAAUGGCCAUGAAGGUGUUUUGGGCGGUUCUUCUCCCUGUUGUUUUUUGCCGUGACUGUAAAUUCAUGCCAUUCGACUGUUCUGACAUCUACAACUCUGGACGAAAGCUCAGUGGGUUUUACCCCAUCUGUCCAGCUGGAGACGUUCCUGUCUGGGUUUACUGUCACAUGGUCUCAGAUGGGAAAGCUGAAGACAACGGAGGAUGGACGGUGAUUCAGAGGAGAAUGGACGGCAGUGUGAAUUUCUAUCGGCCGUGGAGUCAGUACAAGAGCGGAUUCGGGAAUGUGGAGAGCGAAAACUGGCUGGGGCUGGAGAACAUGUACCAGCUGACGCGUAACAGAAAGAACAUGCUAAGAGUGGAUAUGGAGGACUUUGGAGGAAGGAAGGGUUUUGCUCUGUACUCGUCCUUCUCUGUGGGUCCUGAAUCUGACGGGUAUAGACUGCGGGUUUCAGGAUUCACUAAUGGAGGAGCAGGUGACUCUUUGACCCAACACAAUAAUCAGAAAUUCUCCACCUUUGACAAAGAUCAAGAUGAAUAUGGGAAGAACUGUGCAAAAAUGUUUCUCGGGGGAUUUUGGUACAAAAACUGUCACCAUGCAAACCCCAAUGGUGUGUAUUUAUGGGGAACAGAUCCCACUCAUUACGCCAUUGGUGUUUCUUGGCACAGCUGGAAAGGGGAUCACGCUAUCAGUAUGAAAUCCAUCAGCAUGAAGAUCAAAAGUAUAUACUAAUUUAACAUUGUUACAUUAUGUGUACAGCUGAACACAUAGCCUUAUACUCCAUUUGACAGUGUGCAGAAACACAGGCACUUCAACGAAGUUUCAUCUGUGUCCAGUGCUCUCUCCAGAAGUUAUGGAUGAUAAAAAAUGACUUUGUACUCUUUUAAACUAGAGUUGUGGGUUUCUCUGUACUGUAAUUUUUCUUUUUGUUUAGUCAGUAGUUCAGAAUCAGUGUUUCAGAUCCGCUUUCCAAAGGACCUCUUAAAUGUUCAAUAAACCCCAGAAGUGUUUAUUUCCACAACAGAAACACUACAUGUGGAAUCGUAGAUGUGAAUUAAUUGACUAUAUGAGUUUGGAGCUGUUGAGUAUUGUACAUGUAGACUGGAAUUCUUAAUCACAAUGCUUUUGUACAAAAUACAAAUUAAGCUACAGUACUUAAUGAAAACAUUGCAAAUCUUUUAUUUGUAUUUUUAUCAGUUAAAUAAAAGAACAAAAAAAAAUCACAGAUUCCUGAAUUAAUUGCAUUUUGCAAAAUGCCCCAACCACUCUGGGAAUGCUGUAUUUCUUUAAAAAAUAAUAUUCAUGAAUGUCACUACUUUUUUGUUGUUGUUGAUGCAUUGAGAUGGACAUUAGCACAUUAUUAGACAUCUUGUUUGCUUUGAGA